UUCUCGGCACUCCGAGAGAACGCACCACUAGUCUUGCUCACGAGAACUCGUUACCUUAACACGCAUUCGGUGCAUCGAGUUUUAGACUCCUUCGAGUAUAUCGGAUUCUCGCAGUAGUCUCGUCUCGGGAUCCCUACCUCGAGCCACCUUGUGUCUAGUGAACAAGUGAGAGGGAUAUUAUUCUGUUUAUCCGCCUGAACUAUGGCGCCACACACCAGUUACACACCGGUCGCCGGUAUGGAGUACGAGGAGCCAGUGUCGCGGACUUAUCAGUACAGAAAAGUCAUGAAGCCGAUGCUGGAGAGAAAAAGACGGGCGAGGAUUAAUCGUUGCCUGGACGAGCUGAAGGAUCUGAUGGUGACGGCGCUCCAGGCUGAAGGGGAGAACGUAGCGAAACUGGAGAAGGCUGACAUUUUGGAGUUGACUGUUCGUCAUCUUCACACGCUCCGAGCUGCCAGAAGACUUACGCUCACCCCGGAAAACAGUUACGCGGACAGAUUCCGAGAAGGAUUUACCCAGUGCGCACAGGAAGUCUCUUCGUUUCUGUCGACACCUGUGGCCGCCACUGUUCACCCAGCUGCUGGUGCGCAGUUAAUGAGACACCUUGGCGGUUGUCUUCGACGGCUAGAAGGACCUGCCUCGAAUUCUGCCGGAACCACCAACACCGCCUCCACCGCUGUCAACCCAGUCAGCAAAGCUCCAGUCGCCAGUCCAACGACCAACGUCAUGGUCAACGUACCACAGAACGUUUACACACCGCCGCAGAGUCCUGUCAGCGUGACGAGCUCCUCUGGUGACUCGACGGAAUCGUCCAACGCCAUGUGGAGACCUUGGUGA